CGGGGGAACGAGCAAGCUCCUCCGCCCAGCACUUGUCAGAGUCUAUGCUGCCGCCACCACCCAAGCCCCCCGCGCUCACCCGCUCUCUCUCCCUCCUCGACCUCAUCCUCCUCGGCAUCGGCGCGUCCAUUGGCUCGGGCAUCUUCGUCGUGACAGGGCUACCUGCAGUGCUGGCACCAGGAGGCCUGCCUAUUUCCAUCCCCCUGCCAUUUCUCUCCCCCUCUUGGCUCCUCUGGUGGGUUUCCGACUGGUGUCCGGGGGACAAAGCCCGGUGCCACCCGUACUGACCCUAGACCUCUCGAUCAAUCUGGUCGCGCCAGCUGUCCUGCUGCUUAUCUCGUGGCUGCUGUGCCGUGGGGUGAGGGAGACCUCGAGGGUGAACGACGUGAUGAACGUCUACCAAGGUGGCCAUAGUGGUGCUCGUGGUGGCUGUGGGCGCGCGGUACGUCAACCCUGCGAACUGGAGCCCCUUCUUCCCCCCAUCGUUGAACUCCCUCCUGGCCUCUGCUGCUCCUGCCGCUGCUACUACUACUGCCUCUGCUGCCGUCCCUGCUGCUGCUGCUGCCACUGCCACUGCGUCUGCUGCCUCUGCUGCUGCAACCACCGUCAGUGGAGCCAGCAGCAGCAGCGUUGGUGGCGUCCAGGCCAUGCUAUCAGCCGGCCUCUCUCGUCUUCUUCUCGUACAUCGGCUUUGACGCCGUGGCCAACACAGCUGAGGAGUCCCUGCACCCCCGCCGCGACGUGCCCCGCGGUCUCCUCCUCUCCCUCGCCGUUUGCUCGCUGCUCUACAUCUCCGUCUCUCUUGUCCUCACUGGCAUGGUCCACUUCACCCUUCUCGACCCCUCCGCACCCCUCUCUUCCGCCUUCUCCUCGCUCGGACUCCACUUCAUGGAGCGGAUCAUCGACAUAGGGGCGGUAGUGGCCUCACGACUACGCUCCUAACGGGGCUGUAUGUGCAGUCCCGCAUGUAUUUAGCACUGGCGAGGGAUGGCAUGCUGCCGGGGUGGUUUUUGCAGGUGAAUGGGCGGAGCCAUGUGCCGGUGCAAUGCGCAGUGGUGGGUGGGAGGUGUGGCGGCGGUGAUGGCAGCAGGAUUCGAUGUCGGGAGGCUGUCGCAUAUCCUGUCGGUGGGCGUGUUACUGAGUUACUCUAUAGUGUGUAUGUGCGUGCUGGCUUUAAGAGUGGAGCGCUGCCAUGGAGGUGAAGGGGGGUGUGCUGGUGUGGAGGGUGGGGGUGGAGACCAAGUAGGAGAUGCACUUCUGCACAGAGGGGCCUAGUCUCCACUAUUGGUACAACAAGCAAUGGUCCCGCAACUAUGUUACACGCACGUGUUCCGCCGCCCCCUCCUUGGAUUGCCCAAUGGGUGGUGACAAGUGGCAUGAGGCGGUGGUGUACGUCUGUGUCUUAGUUGCAUGCGUCCUGUCCUUGGGAUUUGCCACCCGGUUUGCUGCAUCAUGGCUGCUGCUCGUCCCUCUCUUCCUCCUGUCGCUGGCUUCUUCUGCACCGAUUUUCCUUUCUCAGCGUUUCAGUGUGCCAGCGUCCGGGUUUGCGUGUCCAUGGGUCCCAUUUGUGCCUCUUAUGGGCAUCUGUGUUAACAUGUAUCUGCUUGCGCAGACACAUAUGGUUGCCUGGAUGCGGCUCUUUGUGCUAACGGUCGUGGCACUUGUAGGAUUUUGGUGGAACGUGAAGUGGACUCUACUAGGGUCUCGUGGCUGAUAUUCAAGCUGGUUGGUGGGCUUAUGGCAAUGGUCGUGUACAUACAUUUGAACAUCCCAAAUUAUUGUAACGCUUAUAUUGUGUUUAAUCACCUCA